AAUGUUCAUUUGAAGUUGACAGGGAGAGUGGAAGAAAACAGACGAUGGUCAGAGGGGAUUCACCAGGCUGUGGAGGCAAAAGAAGGGUUACCAAUCCAGGCUGAUUCAGUUGUAGUGGCACAAAUGACAUACCAAUCAAUGUUUAAGCUUUAUCCAAAGCUUUCAGGGAUGACAGGAACUGCAAAAACUGAAGAAAAGGAGUUCUUGAAAAUGUUCCAGAUGCCUGUUAUUGAAGUUCCCACAAAUAUGGCAAAUAUUCGUCAUGAUUUACCUAUCCAAGCUUUUGCAAAUGCUCGUGGUAAAUGGGAAUAUGUUCGUGCAGAAGUUGAAAGCAUGUUCAGAGUUGGUCGUCCUGUUUUAGUGGGGACCACUAGUGUCGAGAACUCAGAAUAUUUGUCUGCUUUGUUGAGGGCUAGCAAGAUUCCCCACAAUGUCCUCAAUGCACGACCAGAGGUUUGUUGUCUACUUUUUGUAGGAUUUAUCAAUGAAAAUAGAUAGGAUUUUGGGUUAACCAUGUAUGUAACAUGGCAACUUGAUUAUUGUUUUCAGUAUGCUGCAAGAGAGGCUCAAACUGUGGCCCAAGCUGGACGAAAAUAUGCUAUCACCAUAUCUACAAAUAUGACUGGAAGGGGCACAAACAUUAUAUUGGGAGGUAACCCCAAGAUGCUUGCAAAGGAAGUUAUAGAGGAAAGCAUACUUUCACAUAUGAGUCAUGAUACUCCUGAUGUUGAGGUUGAGGACCCAAAGUCACAAAAGGUGUUAUCAAAAAUGAAAAUUGGACCAUCAUCAUUAGCUUUGCUAGCCAAGACGGCUCUAAUGGCUAAAUACGUGGGCAAAAGUGAGAACUAGAGUUGGACAUAUGAGAAGGCAAAAUCUAUAAUUUCAGAGUCAAUUGAAAUGAGCCAGUCAAUGGGUUUAGAUGAACUGCAAAGGCUUGUGGAAGAACAGGCAGAGAUGUACCCUCUUGGUCCUUGCAUUGCAAUUGCCUAUUUAUCAGUUCUAAAGGACUGUGAGAUUCAUUGCUUUCAUGAAGGAUUGGAAGUCAAACGACUUGGUGGUCUCCAUGUCAUUGGGACAUCUUUGCAUGAGUCCCGAAGAAUUGAUAAUCAGCUUCGUGGCAGAGCAGGAAGGCAAGGAGAUCCUGGAUCAACACGCUUCAUGGUCAGGUAAGUUCUGUUAAAUGAUUUUUAUAA